GUAUACAUCAUCCAUUCUCAUCCAGGUCCAUGGAGGAAGUAGGAUGAGACUUAAGUCAAAGCAGCUCAAGAAGGACCGUGAGGACAAUAUCAGAGUAGUCAUGACUGCCACCCAGGCGGCUCUGGCGGAAUUUAACGAGAGGCUCGCGUCUCGGCAGCGCGAAUUUCAACAACAACGGGAGAAGAGGCGGUUGGACUGUCUUACAGAACUUCUUGAAAUUGCAGAUCGAAAGGCUGCGAUUGAGGACAAGAUGGGAAGCAUUAGUGCCAAGGCGCAUGCAGAAGCUCAAGAAUUGGAAGCAAUGAUGAUGGCAGGAUAUGAGGGCAGAGCAAAGGAUGCCACUCUCGCCCUGGACAAGAUGACGGGAAAGCCGAUGGAAGAGAAACAAGAAUGA